GCUACUCUAAACUCAACUCAUCAAAAUGUCUGGCCGCGGCAAAGGAGGAAAAGUCAAGGGAAAGGCAAAGUCCCGAUCAUCUCGUGCCGGACUUCAGUUCCCAGUUGGUCGUAUCCAUCGUCUGCUCCGCAAGGGCAACUACGCAGAACGUGUCGGAGCUGGAGCUCCCGUCUAUCUGGCCGCUGUCAUGGAAUAUCUGGCAGCUGAAGUGCUGGAAUUGGCAGGAAACGCCGCUCGUGACAACAAGAAGACCCGUAUCAUCCCGCGUCAUCUUCAGCUGGCCAUCCGCAAUGACGAGGAGUUGAACAAACUGCUCUCGGGCGUCACCAUCGCUCAGGGAGGUGUUUUGCCCAACAUCCAAGCCGUUCUGCUGCCCAAGAAGACCGAAAAGAAGGCUUAAACUGCGAUUCGCCUCUACCCAUUACCAAACCGUCCUUUUCAGGACGACAAAUAAAUUUUUUAAGAGUAUGUUGAUGCUUCUGCAAUGAAUCUGAAAACGCGCAAAAUCCAAGCAACAAGGCAAAUCUGCAACAGAGACGUUUGAAAUGAUCAAGCAGGCUUACCCAGAUGUUGCUUUAGCAAGAUGUGGUGUGUUU